GGGACGGGCGCAGCGCUUCCGGGAGUCGGGCAGCGGCGGCCAGCACCCGCAACUGCGGGCACCAGGCACCUGUCAGAGAGUCUCGGACUUGAGGCCGGAGGCUCUACUCCCUGCGAGCCCAGAUGCCGAUCCAGCCUCCAAGCAAAGACACAGAAGACAUGGAAGGAGAGGGCGAUUCAGCCGCUGAGAUGAAUGGGGAGGAAGAAGAGAGUGAGGAGGAACGAAGUGGAAGCCAGACCGAGUCUGAGGAGGAGAGCUCAGCUGGCCCUGACUGGCCUCUUGUCCCAGAGAUGGACGAUGAGGACUACGAACGGCGCCGCAGCGAAUGCGUCAAUGAGAUGCUGGACCUGGAAAAGCAGUUCUCAGAGCUAAAGGAGAAGUUGUUCAGGGAACGACUGAGUCAGCUGCGGAUGCGGCUGGAGGAAGUAGGGGCUGAGAGAGCGCCUGAAUACACAGAGCCCCUGGGGGGCCUGCAGCGGAGCCUCAAGAUUCGCAUUCAGGUGGCAGGAAUCUACAAGGGCUUCUGUCUGGAUGUGAUCAGGAAUAAGUAUGAGUGUGAGCUGCAGGGAGCUAAACAGCACCUGGAGAGUGAGAAGCUGCUGCUCUAUGACACCCUGCAGGGGGAGCUGCAGGAGCGCAUCCAGAGGCUGGAGGAGGACCGCCAGAGCCUGGACAUCAGCUCUGAGUGGUGGGAUGACAAACUGCACGCCAGAGGCAGCUCAAAGACCUGGGACUCCCUGCCGCCCAGCAAGAGGAAGAAGGCACCCCUCGUCUCUGGCCCUUACAUCGUGUACAUGCUGCAGGAGAUCGACAUCCUGGAGGACUGGACAGCUAUCAAAAAGGCUAGGGCAGCUGUAUCCCCUCAGAAGAGAAAGCCAGAUGGACCUUGACCCUGUGACUCACAGCCAAUGGCCCUGCCACCUCGGAGCAUCAGGCACCAAACCCAGGAUUUGCAUUUUCCUGCUGCCAAAAGGCAGACUGACAAGCCCCUCAGGGUCCUCCGGUGCCCUGCCCUCCAGCCAUCACCGGUCUGGACUCCUGCCCCUCAGGGCUUGGACAGCUGUGGCCCGUAGCUGUUCUAGUCAGGCAACACUGUCCUCCAUCCCCAACCAGCCCCUGCCUUCCCUGCCAGAGGUCCGGCCCUCGGUCCGAUCCGCCCUGGCAAAGACCUGCCCCUCCUAAGCACAUCCUUCCUGCUGACCUUGGACCUGGCUCCGUCACCGAGCCAGUGAGUUGGUCCCACUUCAUAGGAACUCUGAGCCAGAAAUUACAGUUUGGGGCCCUGUCCUGGCUCCUGCCACGGUGAGAAGACAAGCUCCCCAGGUCUCCUCAAGGCAGCCCUUGGCGCCCGCCUCCCACGUUGUGGGGACUGGAAUUAAAACAUUUCCUGGGUCUCUGGCGUGACCCACGUGCGUCUGAUUUACCUUGCAAG